CCGCCGCCGCCGCCGCCGCGCUGGGAGGAGGCGGAGGCUGAAUGAGGAGCUGCGUGGAGCCCGCGGAGGAGCCGCCGCCGCCGCAGGGGGAGCGGGCUGGAGAAUGGAACGAGACGCUGGCCGCCGCCGCCGCCGCCGGGGCACCCCCGAGGGAAAAGUAGCGCUGUAGAGCGGCCAGCGAAGGCGGCGCCCGGGGAGCGGAGUGGGAGGGAGGGCCGGCGAACGAUUCUUUCUUCUCUUUCGGCGAAGCUCGGGCAGCAUGACCGUGUGGGGCGGCCGCGGCGGCCCCGGCUCCUCUCCGCCGCCCCCCCCUCCCCGGGCUGCCUCGAGCCGGUGAGAGGAGAAAGAAAGCGAGGAGGAGGAGGAGGGGAAGAUGGGGGCCGUCCUGAGGAGCCUCUUGGCCUGCAGCUUCUGCGUCCUCCUGAGAGGAGCCCCCUUGUUGCUUUAUGCAAAUAGACGGGAUUUACGGCUGGUGGAUGCUACCAAUGGCAAAGAGAAUGCUACGAUUGUGGUUGGAGGUUUGGAGGAUGCAGCUGCAGUGGACUUCGUUUUUGACCAUGGCUUGAUAUAUUGGAGUGAUGUAAGUGAAGAAGCCAUUAAACGAACAGAAUUUAACAAAACCGAGAGUGUACAGAAUGUAGUCGUUUCCGGAUUAUUAUCCCCUGAUGGGCUGGCCUGUGAUUGGUUGGGAGAAAAAUUAUACUGGACAGAUUCUGAAACUAAUCGGAUUGAAGUUUCCAAUUUAGAUGGAACUUUAAGAAAAGUUUUAUUUUGGCAAGAGUUGGAUCAACCAAGAGCUAUUGCCUUAGAUCCUGCAAAUGGGUUCAUGUAUUGGACUGAUUGGGGAGAAGUUCCAAAGAUAGAACGAGCUGGGAUGGAUGGAUCGAGUCGUUACGUUAUAAUAAACACAGACAUUUACUGGCCAAAUGGAUUGACCUUGGAUUAUGAGGAAGAAAAACUUUACUGGGCAGAUGCAAAACUUAAUUUUAUCCACAAAUCAAAUCUGGAUGGAACUAAUCGACAGGCAGUGGUUAGGGGUUCCCUUCCACAUCCUUUUGCCUUGACGUUGUUUGAAGACACACUGUACUGGACUGACUGGAACACACAUUCCAUCUUGGCCUGUAAUAAGUACACUGGGGAAGGAUUGCGUGAAGUCCAUUCUAAUAUCUUCUCUCCCAUGGAUAUACAUGCUUUUAGCCAACAGAGGCAGCCAAAUGCUACAAACCCAUGUGGAAUUGAUAAUGGUGGUUGUUCCCACUUGUGUCUGAUGUCGCCAGCGAAGCCUUUUUAUCAGUGUGCCUGCCCAACUGGAGUGAAACUCCUUGAGAAUGGGAAAACCUGCAAAGAUGGAGCAACUGAAUUAUUGCUUUUAGCCCGAAGGACAGACCUGAGGCGAAUUUCCUUGGAUACGCCAGACUUUACAGAUAUAGUUCUACAGCUAGAAGAUAUCCGCCAUGCAAUUGCCAUAGACUAUGAUCCUUUAGAAGGAUACAUCUACUGGACUGAUGAUGAAGUGAGGGCUAUACGUCGCUCUUUUAUAGAUGGAUCUGGCAGUCAGUUUGUGGUGACAGCUCAAAUUGCACACCCCGAUGGCAUUGCAGUGGAUUGGGUUGCACGGAACCUUUAUUGGACGGACACAGGCACUGACCGCAUAGAGGUGACAAGGCUUAAUGGAACCAUGAGAAAGAUUUUGAUUUCAGAAGACUUGGAGGAACCGCGAGCUAUAGUGCUGGACCCAAUGGUUGGGUAUAUGUAUUGGACAGAUUGGGGAGAAAUCCCCAAAAUUGAGCGAGCAGCUUUGGAUGGGUCUGACCGAGUAGUUUUGGUGAAUACAUCUCUUGGUUGGCCAAAUGGUUUAGCUCUGGAUUACGAUGAAGACAAAAUAUACUGGGGAGAUGCCAAAACAGACAAGAUUGAGGUUAUGAAUGCAGAUGGUACUGGCAGAAGAGUGUUGGUAGAAGAUAAGAUUCCUCACAUUUUUGGGUUCACCUUGCUUGGAGACUAUGUCUAUUGGACUGACUGGCAAAGACGUAGUAUUGAACGGGUGCACAAACGAAGUGCUGAAAGGGAAAUCAUCAUAGAUCAGCUGCCUGAUCUUAUGGGCCUAAAAGCAACAAAUGUUCAUCGAAUCAUUGGCUCCAACCCAUGUGCUAAUGAAAAUGGGGGAUGUAGCCAUCUUUGCCUCUAUAGACCUCAGGGACUCCGCUGUGCCUGCCCCAUUGGUUUUGAGCUUAUCAGUGACAUGAAGACUUGCAUCGUUCCAGAAGCUUUCCUCUUGUUUUCUCGGAGAGCAGACAUAAGGCGCAUUUCUUUGGAAACAAACAACAACAAUGUGGCCAUCCCACUUACUGGUGUGAAAGAAGCUUCUGCUUUAGAUUUUGAUGUGACGGACAAUCGUAUUUACUGGACAGAUAUUUCUCUGAAGACUAUCAGCAGAGCAUUUAUGAAUGGCAGUUCACUGGAGCAUGUGGUGGAAUUUGGCUUGGAUUAUCCAGAAGGCAUGGCUGUAGACUGGCUAGGAAAGAAUUUAUACUGGGCAGACACUGGAACAAAUCGCAUCGAAGUAUCAAAGUUGGAUGGGCAGCAUCGUCAGGUUCUGGUGUGGAAGGACCUAGAUAGCCCCAGAGCUCUUGCAUUAGACCCUGCUGAAGGGUUUAUGUAUUGGACUGAGUGGGGUGGAAAACCCAAGAUAGAUAGAGCUGCCAUGGAUGGAAGUGAACGUACUACGUUAGUUCCAAAUGUAGGACGGGCAAAUGGCUUAACUAUUGAUUAUGCUAAAAGAAGACUUUACUGGACAGACCUGGAUACCAACUUAAUAGAAUCUUCAAAUAUGCUAGGCCUGAACCGUGAAGUUAUAGCAGAUGACUUGCCUCAUCCUUUUGGCUUGACUCAGUACCAGGAUUACAUUUACUGGACAGACUGGAGCCGACGUAGCAUUGAACGUGCCAAUAAAACCAGUGGCCAAAACCGAACCAUCAUACAGGGCCAUUUGGAUUAUGUGAUGGACAUCCUAGUCUUUCACUCCUCUCGGCAGGCAGGAUGGAAUGAAUGUGCUUCCAGCAAUGGGCACUGCUCCCAUCUCUGCUUGGCUGUGCCAGUUGGUGGUUUUGUUUGUGGAUGUCCAGCCCACUACUCACUGAAUCCUGACAACAGGACUUGCAGUGCUCCUACCACUUUCCUGCUCUUCAGUCAGAAGAAUGCCAUCAACCGCAUGGUGAUUGAUGAGCAACAGAGUCCCGAUAUAAUCCUCCCUAUCCACAGUCUACGGAAUGUCCGAGCCAUUGACUACGACCCUUUGGACAAACAACUUUAUUGGAUCGACUCACGACAAAAUAUGAUCCGAAAGGCACAGGAAGAUGGUAGCCAGGGUCUUACUGUGGUUGUAAGCUCAAAUCCCAAUCAAAAUGUGGACAUGCAGCCGUAUGACCUCAGCAUUGAUAUUUAUAGCCGUUACAUCUACUGGACUUGUGAGGCCACUAAUGUCAUUAAUGUAACAAGGCUGGAUGGAAGACCAGUGGGAGUGGUACUCAGAGGGGAACAGGACCGACCUCGAGCCAUUAUGGUAAACCCAGAGAAAGGGUAUAUGUACUUUACCAAUCUUCAAGAAAGGUCUCCAAAAAUUGAGAGAGCUGCUUUGGAUGGAACAGAAAGAGAGGUCCUCUUUUUCAGUGGCUUAAGUAAACCUAUAGCUUUAGCCCUUGACAGCCGCUUGGGCAAACUGUUUUGGGCUGAUUCAGAUCUCCGGCGAAUUGAAAGUAGUGAUCUCUCAGGUGCCAAUCGUAUAGUUUUAGAAGACUCUAAUAUCUUACAGCCUGUGGGACUGACUGUGUUUGAAAACUGGCUGUACUGGAUUGAUAGGCAGCAGCAAAUGAUUGAAAAAAUUGACAUGACUGGUCGUGAAGGGCGGACCAAGGUCCAGGCUCGUAUUGCUCAACUGAGUGACAUUCAUGCUGUAAAGGAGUUAGACCUACUGGAAUAUAGACAGCAUCCAUGUUCCCAGGAUAAUGGUGGUUGUUCACAUAUUUGUCUUGUGAAAGGAGAUGGUACAACAAGAUGCUCUUGUCCAGUGCAUCUGGUCCUACUUCAGGAUGAACUAUCUUGUGGAGAGCCUCCAACAUGUUCCCCUCAGCAGUUUACAUGUUUCACAGGAGAGAUUGACUGUAUCCCUGUGGCAUGGCGAUGUGAUGGAUUCACUGAAUGUGAGGACCACAGUGAUGAACUAAAUUGUCCUCUCUGCUCAGAGUCCCAGUUUCAGUGUGCUAGUGGGCAGUGCAUUGAUGGCGUGCUUCGAUGCAAUGGAGAUGCAAAUUGCCAAGACAAGUCAGAUGAGAAGAACUGUGAAGUGCUUUGUUUAAUUGAUCAGUUCCGUUGUACCAAUGGACAGUGCAUUGGAAAGCACAAGAAAUGUGAUAAUAAUGUGGACUGCAGUGACAAGUCAGAUGAGCUAGAUUGUUAUCCAACGGAGGAGCCAACCCCACAAGCCACCAAUACAGUUGGUUCUGUGAUUGGAGUGAUCCUUACCAUUUUUGUGUUUGGAGCCAUGUACUUUAUCUGUCAGAGGGUAUUCUGUCCACGAAUGAAGGGAGAUGGGGAAACAAUGACAAACGACUAUGUAGUUCAUGGACCAGCAUCUGUGCCCCUUGGUUAUGUGCCUCACCCUAGUUCUCUGUCCGGUUCUCUGCCGGGAAUGUCCCGUGGCAAAUCAAUGAUUAGCUCCCUCAGUAUCAUGGGUGGAAGCAGUGGACCACCUUAUGACAGGGCUCAUGUCACUGGAGCAUCGUCUAGUAGUUCUUCAAGUACGAAGGGCACCUACUUUCCUGGGAUUUUGAACCCACCGCCAUCCCCAGCCACAGAGCGUUCACAUUACACCAUGGAAUUUGGCUAUUCUUCAAACAGUCCUUCUACUCAUAGAUCUUACAGCUACAGACCGUACAGUUACCGUCACUUUGCGCCACCUACCACCCCGUGCAGCACUGAUGUCUGUGACAGUGACUAUGCUCCAAGCCGGAGAAUAACCACAGUGGCGGCAGCCAAGGGCUACACCAGUGACUUAAACUAUGACUCUGAACCCGUGCCCCCACCUCCUACUCCAAGAAGCCAGUAUCUGUCAGCCGAAGAAAACUACGAAAGUUGCCCCCCUUCCCCUUACACAGAGAGGAGCUACUCUCAUCACCUCUACCCACCUCCACCGUCGCCCUGUACAGACUCCUCCUGAGGAGGGCCCCCCCCUCCUCUGACUGCCUCCGGUGUAAAAGUGUAAAUACAAAUUGGUUGAAAUCUGGAGGGGGGGAGGGAACUAUCAGAGAAAGGUGAGGCAGACCAUGUACAGAUAAGAGUUUUAAAUGGGGUGGGGAAUACUGGAGAUAUUUGUACAGAAGAAAAGGAUAUUUAUAUAUUUUCUUAACAGCAAAGUUGCUGCUUGUGCCAUAAAAAAAUUUGUAUAAAAUAAAUUUGUACUAAAAAUUUUUAUUUUUACAAACUGAACACACAAAACAUGCCUUAAACCCAGGGAAGUGACUGUGAAUAUACAUAGGAAACAGAAAGACAAAGGUGAAUCACUGUCUAGUAAGAUGUGGGCUUUGUUGAUACCAAAAAGAAGAGUGGUCAGUGACCAUCUCCGAGCAGCAGACCAUAGGUACUUUGAAGUUGCUAAUUAUUCUUCAUGUUAACUAUGGAGGGUCAGCAGCUAAAAUUUAAAUAUGGAGUAGGAGAAAGAAAAUUAAUAAUGAAGGGCUUUGUUUUCUAUAGGAAUACAGUGAUUUUAGCAAUGAAAAUAUAGAUAUACUUUAAAAAUAGUCCAUUUUAUGAUGGUUUCUUUUGGGAAGAGUACAUCAGUUGUCCAGUAUCAUGUCACAAAGUUGUGUGUGUGUGUUCAUUUAUCAUAGACACACACAGACCCAUCUCUACCUUGGAACCUCCACCUCUGUUUGAAACUAAUAUUCUCCUUAGGCCAUCUGUCUUACCUCCUUUCCCUGACAGUCCUAUGGAUGCUUUAGCCAAAACACCAUGAUUUAUUUUUUAAAUUAUUUUACAUCUAAUAGUAGAGGAGUUUUCUAAUUGGAAUAUGUUUUGUAAUCAUUUCCAUUUCCCAGUAGACUCAGUUUUCCAACUUGACUCUUUCUUCUGCAUAAUGUUCACAAGUUAAACAUUUUAUUAUCCAUUCCCUUCCCAAGAUCUUUCCUGCAAUGCUCACAGAUAUGUCAGUAUUUUCUAUGACAUAUAAUAUAGACAGUGUUUAUGAAUUAUAAAUUUAGUCUAUUGUAAAUUAAUCAUAUAUCCUUGCAGUACUUUCAGUGUAUAUCACAGUAUAAAUCAUUUUAUAUAAAUAUAUAUAUUUUCUGAGUACAAAGCAUAUAAACCUUUUGGAGACAAUCUAUUAAAAUAACAAACUCAUUGGAAGGGUUUUCCCAUCUAUAUAUUAACUCUGUCCUCUCAUGUUCAGUAAGCCAGUUUUCUCAGCAUGACUUUUACAUACCUCUUCUUGUGUGGCAUGAGUUUAAUACUUUAGUGUUUUCCACUGUGAAUAUUAGGGUUGUUGUUGUUGUUGUCGUUGUUGUUUCAAAUUAUCCUUAACCAAAUUAUUCUUAAUUCACUUCAUGUUAAUUUUUAAAAUGUUCUCUCUCCAAACCUGUUUUGAUUGAAAUGGUUGGUGUUUAGUCAUUUAAACAAGAAAUCUGUUUGGACUGAAUGGGAAGGUGAACUAUUUGUUGACUCUGGCUGCUGAAAUUGAGGUGGAAGGGAAAAAGAAAAGCCCUUUAUAUGCUCUCUGCCAAGAUACUGAGGCUGCUGCAUCCUUAGUCAUCAGGGAUAAGAUAUGAUAUGAUCUCAGCACUGCCACCUUACAUGUUUUCAGUUCUUUCCUGCUAAAAAUGAAUAGACUUACAAUAAUGUGUUUUCAUUUAAAUUUGUGAUGUUUUAAGAAGUUAUCCAGUUUUUGCCACUAUGAAAGCAUGGCUCAAAUCUCUCUGGGUCCCAGUGCCCAAGAGAAAACAAUGUAAAUGGUUCAAUAUUUUUAGCAGGAAUGAAGUAACUUUUAAAAGUAAUUGAAAAAACUUAGGUAAUUAGAUCAUUUUAAAAAUGUUAUUUCUAAAUCAUCUUCAGAUUGUUGAAAGCAAAGAACAGGUCUUAGUACUAUAUUUUGCAUAACAGAUAGUCCAUCAAUUGUCUUACAGUUCAUUCAGGCAGGUGAUGACCCUUCUUACCAAUGAAUAAAACCCCAAUUAUGGUCUUACGGUAGGAUGGACAUUGAAGGUGUAUUGUGUGAUAUAGAAGGGGAACAUGAUCCUUAUGAAAAGAAUAAGGUGAUCAAUAGUUGGGUGUCAAUCAGAAUUUGAGAAUUCUACAUGUUUACAUUUUUUUAAUAUGCAGCUUUACUGUGUGGGGUUCAUGUGUUGGAAUUUGCACUAUAUCAAUUAAGAAGAAUAUUGCCUUCUUUUAUCUCAGUUCAGGUACUUGUACUGCGAUGGCAAUGGUCUCUUCUUGCAAAAUACUAAUUUGUGUGCCGAUUUUUAUUUGAAAAUCAUUUGAAGGUGAUUCAGCUUAGUUUCAGUAUCCUCUUUCUUCCUUAAAAGUUUCUGGAAGAGUUUUUUGGAUAGGGCAGAAUAGGUAAAUUUGUGUAGAUAUUGGUAACUUUCAGCCUAGUUGGACAGUUAAGCCUAAGUGAACUGCACAUCACUUACUGAACAUUUCUUUGACUACGAAUGACAGUGAGUGGAGAGUUAAUUGGAAAGAAAGAGAAAUGGACAUAUGAGAAGUCAGAUUUGCUAAAUCUAAGAAGGGUUUAUUUUCAUUUUGGGUCAACCUCUACAUUUUGAAGUAAGAUUUCUAGGUAGAACAUGAAUAGAAUUCAUUUUAUUUUGCAUUAACAGAGUAAUAUUAAAGCAUUUUGUACUGUUGUUGUUUUUUCACAUCAUAAAGUAUGCCUCUCCUGUGUGUUGGACAGCAGCAUAAUAUGUUGGAAAUAGCACUGGCCUGGGAAUCAGUAAACCAGAGUUCUUGUUUUAGUUUUGCAACGAAGAAUAGGCUGGACCAGAUGACUUCUAAGGUGCCUUUUAAAGUCUAUGAUUCUUUGAGAAUACAGUUUAUAUAACACAGCUUGUGUGCAAAAAGGCAGCCAAGAUGUAGUGGAUGGAGAGUUGGGUAGGCCUGAGCUCAAGGUUCACCUCUGACACAUGGUGGCUGUGUCAUCUUGUUCAGGUCACUUAACCUUUCAAUAUUCUGAGACAACUCUGAAACUGUAACUUGCAGAGAAGGUUGCUGACCUGCAUUGAUGAAGGGAGUUUUGUCACCUGGGAGUUCCCAGCAUGAAUGAAUGGUAUGUAUCCUUACUUGUGUAAACAGGAAGCCAUGGCUGUACCCUGAAUAUUCAGAGGGA